ACUUCUCUCGCUGCCUCUGUCUCCUUUCUCCUCUCCUUCCCCGAGGAAAACAGCCCUUCCGGUUGUGCACAGGGACCCAACUCGACGGCCUCGCUUUUGGCCGACUUCUCACGCUCGUUUUCACUGUAUGAUCGAUUGAAGGAAGAAACAUGGCGACCUUGUCAACCCCAAUAAUCCCAUUGCCGACUUCGACGUCUGAGACGCCCCCUUCAACAACCGAGGCUCCGACUGAAAGCUCUAGUCCUCCUCCUACCACAACUCCUCCAACUGAGACAUCCACUCCUCCUCCUACCCCUCCAUCAUCUACUCCUCCUGCUUCCGAGCCAAGUUCGAUACCUUCGUCAUCUCCGUCCAGCAAUCUUCCCCCAAGCGAUACCACCAGCUCAAUUGAAAUUACCAGUAGCUCCAUCCCUCCUUCGACCACAUCCUCUUCUAGCUCCUCUACCAUAACACCCCCACCCUCCUCAACCAUCAGCAGUACAUCAAGCACAGGUAGUUCAACGUUACCUCUUAGUCUAUCAGCAUCCACUUCUGGAACGGCUGUGGUCAUCGUCACUGUCCAGCAGCCUCUUGACCCUUCUGGUACGCCCGGAGAUGUCUCCGCUCAGCAGAAUGAUACAAAGCCAAAAUCGUUCUUCGAUAAUAAAGGUGCUGUCGCUGGUGUGUUCACCGUCGUCGGCAUUAUUGCGCUCGUAAUCAUCUUUGCUCUGAUUACGAACGCCGUUCGCCGUCGCAAGGCCAAGAAAUUCGAUCGAGAUGUCGCAGAGGCAGCAGCCGAAGCAGCAGCGCAAGCACACGGUGCUCCCGGUUUCGACAUCGACGAUGACCAUGAAUUUGCCUAUCGUGAUCCUCUUGGAGCUCAGAGCAACUAUACGGGGUAUUCAGGUGACAGCCACGGGACCUACGGUCAACCGCCUAUGGCCGUUCCUGAGAGCUACAACAUGAGCGAGAUGCAUGCCUACGACCCGUAUGCGGCUGCUGGUGUCGGUAGCGGUGUUGCUGGCGCAGCUGGCGUUGGAGCUGCUGGUGUCAACAGGGCAAGGAGCGUGACUACCCCCUACAACGCUUUUGCAGGCCCACAGGUUGAUCCUUAUGCGCCUGACCCUUCUGCCCAACCUCAAGGAAUGUACGAUAUACCACCUCAAACGCCCGGUCAAAAUCUUCGCUAUAGACAACGUGGAACAUCUGGCGGGAACGAACUUGACCUUCUCGACGCAGCUGGUCUUGGCGGUGGUGCUGCUCUUGCUGCCGGUGCCGCUGGUGGCCUGGCUCGAGGUCCUUCGCACCAUCUUGCAUCCACAGCGAUGACAACAUCUCCUGCGUCGUUGGCUCGAAACAAGAGCCUUGGUUCCCAGACUCUUGGCGGAAGUUCCUCUGGCGAUCAUGAGUCCUACGCCGCGCAUUAUCAACCUGGAUUCAAAGCGGAAACGUACCAACCACCUGCGGCUCAAACUCAAGCUCAGACUCAGCAGUAUCUGAGCUCUUCUUCUAGACCUGUAUCGACCGAAGAUCCCUACGGCGGUAUUGAUACUUCACCUACCUCGACCGAAAUGCCGAAUCCGUUCUCACCUCCUGCCCAUGGUCAGCCGUCAGACCCUAGACCUUUGUCUGGCAAUUAUAGCUCUCCAGAUGGUAGUGAUCAGGAUGAUGGCGGUCCCCAUGGAUUUGGAUACCACGACGGUGCUGACAGUCGAGCAAGUUUGAGAGACGAAGAAGACUAUGCCUACGGAGGCGGACGGCGGGUGUUGAAGGUCGCGAACGAGUGAUGUAAGAUUAUCUCUUCUUGAUUUCGCGUCAAGCGUUGUACAACAUCACCCUUCAUCUUCGUGUCCUUCUAUGCUCUCCUCCUAAAUUUUCGCUUUCGGCCGGCUGGUUGUAGACUAGAGCCGUACUUGCACGCCGUAGCUCUCGCAUUGCCAGUACUCGUAUUGCCGCAUUGACAUUUGCUCAGCUCACGCGGUCUAUUCCCCAAUUUCUCUAUCCCCUUAUUCGUUCCUCGCUAUUCCUCGUUCCGAUUCUUCCAGAAUCACUGCACUGGACUUGUCUUCUCCCUCCUGCUUCUGUCGCUCUUUACUUGUCCCUUCUUUCAUCUCGCGUUCUUCGUUUUUAUUACUAUUCGUCUAGCGCAGUGAUAUGCAUGUUGUUUUUGACUGAACUCUAUGCAUCGCACAGGUUACAGAGAUACAGUUCACAUGUCCUUAUGCGCAGGACAAUGAAUACUGGUAUUACUCACUUGCGCACUAUCGUUGUUUGCUACCUGCAUUUGUUCAGGACAUACCCAGGCAAUGUUGCUUGAUGACAUCCCAAGGAAACUUUCGUACUCCUUCGUGAGUGGUAUGUAUCCUCUUCUCUUCAUAGCUACUCACGGAUCUAUGGACCACGGUAGAAGGGAAAGAACGAUAGAGAUUUUCGAGUGAUGCUGAAGACUGAAGGUGGCACUCAUUCAGGAUGAGUACGAGACGCUGCAAGCGCUCCUAUUUCACAAACGCUCCAAAAUAUGUUCGAAAGCCACUUGGAAAACAACAACCAGUUUUCAUUCAUGUACACUCCGUUUUGUUUGCAUCGGCCUGAUGAGUUCAGCCUGUCCUUGUUGCUUCGAUUAUCUGAUAUGAGCAAAACAAGGUUUCAUCGG